UGACAGUACAAAGGGAGAACCUUACAAGUACCAGUCUUUACUAUUUAAAGAGUAUUUAUGUAAAAGAUUCAUCACGCAUUGAGUUCAUUGUAUAUCUGAAUGUUGAUACCUGCCCCUUUCCUUACUGCACCUAUGAUUUUGGGUUCUUAUGUUUUGAAAGUGACUUAAAAUAAGAGUUAAAACCGUAAGGAUGACAAAUAGAAUUUAAUGAAAAAACAUGGAAGAAAACUAAUGUUCUCUGUAUUCUGUGUAGCUCAGCAAAAUAUAUAAUGCAAAAAUAACAUUUUAAAAAGUACAAGAUAAAUGUCUAAGCACUUAUAGGGUUGUUUUUAUCUAGUUUUAAGCUACUAUAGUUCCCAUUUAUUUCUACUGUGAUACUGUUGUGUCCGAAAACAAUAUAAACUGAAAAACGACAAAUUUCUAAAAGGACUUUGUAUAGAAGUAAUUUUUAAAGGAAAAUUUCCUACCAUAGCAGAAUUGAGAUUAAUAUUUAGGGCUCUUCUCUCAAAGAAACAGUUGCUCUUAUUCAGAUCAUUAGGACAUUUGAAGACAAUUUCAUAGGACAAUGCAGAUUUCAAACUGUCCCUUUUAAUAUUUGCCUAUGGGAAAUAAAUAUCUUCCCUUUAAGUGCAAUAAAACGUUAGAUCAAUUUAGAAGAAAGCAGAGUGGAUAGCAGAACACUAAGCACAGAGAAAUGUGCUUACACAUUAAAAUCAGAAGUAUAUGGAUAUAAUCUUUAGGUAACUUGCAGGGUCCAGUCAGCCAUGGCCUAUGGCAAUCUUUAAUUGUUCUUAGCAGGAAAGAACUUCAGAACAAUGCACAGAUUUAUUGCUUGAAUUGAGAAUAUUUAAUUUUUCAUCAAAAAGAAAGCUUUUAUUUUUUUUUUCUGCAUAGCUAUGUUACAAGCAUAAUUUAAAAGAUAGCAUAUUUAUUGUUGUUUGUUAUUCUUCCUUUUCCACAUAGUCUGCCUAAACGUGACUCAAAGUUCAAUCAAUUUGAUAGUUGGUAGUUCAGGAAGAGACAUUAAACAUGACACCAUUAGACAGUAUAUAUUGUGUUGGUUCUGAUUUUUUUAAAAGAAGACUUUUUGGAUGUGGCAAAAUUUCAAAGGUUAACAAACAGCAGUUGUGCUGUUUGGGCGUGUUGUCUCAAAAGUGGUUCCCAUUUUCUGUAUACAAAGUUCCAGUGCAUUCUGACAGAUUCAAUGAAAUUAUUUUCUUCAAAUACAGUUCUGUGUAGGAUGAUGGACAUGCAAAAAAAAAAAAAAAUCAAUUAGAUUCUGCAGUGAGGCAAUGGGAAGGUCAAGCUCCAAGUCGCAGAGAAGAUUUUAGUCUGCUCUCCUGUGAAAACUGGGAAUAAAUUAAUUGCUAAAACAGAAAAUUUAUUUGUGAAGAAAUGGCCUCCAGCAUUGGAAAUGAAAAGAGUGUGAAUCCUGUGCUCAGAAUAAGUCAGCUUGAUGCUCUUGAACUAAACAAAGCCCUGGAACAACUAGUGUGGUCCCAGUUUACCAGCUGUUUUAAUGGAUUUAAACCAGGGGUGUUGGCUCAUUUUGAACCAGAAGUAAAAGCAUUUUUAUGUCUUAUAUUAUGGAAAUUCACUAUCUAUUCCAAGAACGCAACUGUGGGACAGGCUAUUCUCAAUAUUCAGUACAAGAAUAACUUAUCUCAGACAGAGAAAUACCAACCUCUGAGCAAACACCAGAAGUUAUGGUAUCUUAUUUUCACUGUUGGUGGAAGAUGGUUGGAAGAAAGAUGUUAUGAUUUAUUUAGCAAUCGUCAACAGCAAUCUUUCUGCAAAAUUAAGAGCUGUAUAGGUUUUGGGUCUGGACUUCUUAAGCUUUGUGGACUUGUAAAUUUUCUGAUUUUUCUUCAGAAAGGAACAUUCGCAACACUUACAGAACGCAUUCUAGGAAUUAGGUCAGUUUUUUGCAAGCCGCAAAAUGUUCGUCAGAUAGGAUUUGAAUACAUGAACAGGGAACUCUUAUGGCAUGGCUUUGCUGAAUUUUUGAUAUAUCUGCUACCACUCAUUAAUGUACAGAAACUGAAACUUAAAAUUUCCUCUUGGUGCUUACCUAUCACAGGUCUUUCCAAUAGUGAAAACACAUUAGCAGCUCACUGCAGGGAAUGUUCACUGUGUGGGGAAUGGCCUACCAUGCCACAUACCAUAGGCUGUCCACAUGUUUUUUGUUACUACUGUAUUAAAAGUAACUUCUUAUUUGAUAUGUAUUUUACAUGUCCUAAAUGCGGCUCAGAGGUACACAGUCUUCAGCCAUUGAAGCAUAAAAUUGAAAUGACGGAAUUACAUAUCUGAUACGAGGUUGAUUUAGUUUUAUACUGUACAUGAUAGAUAUCAAAGAGAUUAACAGAAGAAUUCAGAAAUUAUUGAAAGCAGACUGCUGAAAGAUGCUUUUGGGGACUCUGUAAUUUAUAUAACAUGUAUUUUUACUGGUCUUAGGUUUUUAUUGAGUAACAGUGCCAUAAUGCCCUACUCACUUGGCAGGUUAGGGGAAGGUAGUUGGAUUUACUCUGGGUGGCGUGUGGGAGAAACAACACCAACAUUCUCAGGAGGUUCAAGACUUGCAAACUUUAGAACAUUCUAUUUGAAUAAGGCAUUUAGCAAACUUUGAUUUAGCAACCUUAAACUUACCCAGACACAGUGCCAUUACGAACUCACCUAGUAGAUGGAUUAAGUGGGAAAGUUGUUCUUUCAUGCCUAAAGAAUAAUUUUAAAUUUGAAUUCCCAAUAUGAUGUUACACUAAAAAAACCCAAAGGUAUAAAUAAUGUUUAAGGAAAACAGUGCAGCUUCUAGACCUUUCUGAGAUGACAGCUAGUUUUCUCAGGCAGAUAUGUCUCUGAGCUUCAAUUAAAUAUAUACUGUCUUCCCUCAGAACCUGAGGGAUGAAACCCAUCAUCCAUUGGAAUGUGGCAGAUAUUCAGGGUAACCCACAUUCUUCUGAGUUGGAGACACUGAAUAAAACUGUUCACUCACAAGAUUCUGUCUGUAGGAAUUGCCACUUGUGGUUUUUUGGUGUGGUCUAGGUCGGUGUCAAAUCUCAGAGCUCACUUCCAUAAAGAAAAAGAUCAAACACAGUUAUGUGCUUGAUUAAUACGUGCAUGUUAAGAUAUUAAAAUAGGUUAUUGCCUGCUUUUUGCUUUCACUAUUUGCUUUCUUAGUUGCCUUUGCAAUGUUUUAAUUGUUCUAAAUGUUCUUCAUCCAUUCACUCUUCAACUUGGUUUUAUAGGAUUAUCUUAUUUUUAAUUGCAGUCCUUUUUUAACAGGAAGUGUUAUUUAGCAGAGUCUUAUUAACACAAAAAUACAUUACAUCCUCUUUUGAAUGUUAAUUUAUCAAAAACCAUAUAUAGUUAAAUUAAAUAAAUUGCUUUAUGGUGGCUCUGUUCUUGAUUGGCAAUCACCAAUAGUCAGUGCCAAAAAUAGCAGGGUAACAGCUGAUUGAGUAACUUUGAUCUACUUUUAUGAAAUGGUUUAUUACAUUCUUCAUUCUGCAUUCUGAUUAGAACAACCCACUAGUCUAUUUGUUUGAAGAUCUUAAAUUCUAGGUUUUGAUCUUUAGAGUGACACACAGUGCUUUCAUCUGAUGUAAUUAGAUAUAGUUAGCGGGUGGGCAGCCAAAAACUUCAUUAAUUCUGCUACUGUUCUGUGAGUCAACAGAGACUUCAGAGCAAGUGCUUCCAGAUACUGUGCUGCAAUAUUUGCUGUCAAAUGUGUGUAUUAGUAGCCUGCCAUAUUUCUGUUAUUUGCUGUUGCAAAUAGAACCAGCAGGUGCAAACCUGUUUUAAUUAGAUUAUGAAAACUGGCAAGUCAUUUGGAGAGCAUUCUGAAGUUACUUCUUGAUCCUGAAGGAAUUUUGUAUGAAUUGUCCUUCCACAUCACUUCAUAGCUUUUCCCAAAGAAAUGGUUUAGCAACGCUGACUUCAAGGUGAUCUAAUUUCUCCAGAAACAUCAUCAGUAUUUUUGGUACUUUAUCUUUGUUUAUUAAUAAAGACUUGUAUGCAUUCAAAAUCCAGUGUUCAUAGCUCACAGUCAUAGCAGACAUCUGUUUGCUGUGGACUCUUCAUUUAUUUUGAAGUUUCAGAGCAAUAUUUUAUCAAAAGAACAUGGAUUCUCUGUAUUGGCCUCUGCUAGGUGUCAUGCCCUUCUUAUGUUGGAGUUUGCUUCUUUCCUAUAUAGAAAUGUUUCAUUUUCCUGAAUAUUAAAGAAUGUUACCUUCCUUUUUCAUUCCACCUCCCUCUGUCCUGCUGUUUGAUGUGCGUAAGCUGUAUGAAUUUCCUGGGGUUUGUUUUGUCUCUUGCAGCUUCAUGCAGGCAAAGUUUGUGCUCUGUUUUUUAUCCCUGUUACACUAUCAAUAAAAAACCUGUUUCAAGCAGUUUAGUACCUCUAGUUUACAGCUGGUUUCUGCUAGCUCUGCUAUAUCACACUUUACUGGGGUUUUUUUUCUGGAAUUAAAAUUCUAAUGCUUAACUUAUGCUAACUUACUAUAGCAAAGCACUGGGCUACUUCUGUAGCACCUCCUCAUCACUGUGUUAGGUUUGUAGCCCAUAGUAUUUACAGAGUUUGUAAAGUCUAUGUCUUGUGGCAUAAACAGUUUUUGUUACCCUAAGAACCUAGAUCUUUAGGUGGGGGUUUAGUUCUUUUAUUUUCCAUGCAAGUAAGCAGGUACGAAGCAUCCCACAGAAGUAGGUGGUUUGGGAAAAGUAUGGUUUUUUAUGUCACAUACACUUGUUUAUUUUUUAAUUUUUUUUUUAUCUCCCAUAUGGUAAAACCUUUGCUCAGUUGUAGUCACUAAAGAGACCAGGGUUCCAACUUGAGUAUUGAAAAACUUACCUUUUAGUACUUCAAUAUUCAGCAUUUUCCUGAAACACUUUAAAAUUAAAAAUGUACUUUCAAAAAUAUUUUAAUUCUGUUUUGUUGUCUCUUUUGGUCUAUAAGUUGCAGAAGAGUCUUGGUUAAAGAUAUUACAGGAAAAAAAAUCAGAUUCUUUGUAGAGUAAGCAAAGAAUAAUUAGUUUUACAUAUUAAUUACUUGGAUAAUUUGUGCUCAUAAACAUUAUAUUUUUCAGGUUUAAACUCUAAUAAAGGACUGCUACAUCUGGUCCUACUUCUUGCAGUAGAGGGAAUAAAUUUGUUUUGGAAUGUUAAUCUUUAAACCAUUAGAAUGUACUUGUGAGAUGUCAUAUGUGCAUCAGUGAAAAGGAUAAAUACUUAGAAUUUAAGGAAGCUAAAGGACCAGAACUUCUGUUCAGUCCUGGAUAGGAGUUACAUCCAUGUAUUACCAGUUUUCUUUGUGCUGUGUUGACUUCGUGUGCUACAUGAACCAUUUUCAUUAUCAAAAAUCAAAAAAUGAAGGCAUGAAUGAGAAUUACCAGUUGCCACAGGGUGUGACUGGGGAGGCAUUCACGUGAAAGGAGUCAGAGAAUGCUGAUUUUUAACUUCCACAAAAUGCCAUUCCAUCUACUCUGUACGUUUUAAGGGAGGUCUUAUAUAAGUAAUUUUAUAGAAGAUUAAAAGUGGGAGUUUCUAUGAAAGAAAUAAGAGGGAUAAUACUUUUUUUUUAAGUGUGAGAUAUGAUGAACAAGGAUGAUCUCAGCAUUAGUAAAGAGAUGGUGUGAAGAAGAUGAAAAAUAUGCAUUUGCUAAAUACAAUCUAUUAUAAUGUCCUUAUUUGAGUAUACUAAUGCAAUUGUUAUCUGGGAUGUGUCAUUCUUAUGAAAACCGAGUUGACAAAUAAAUGAUGUUUUUAACAGGAA